UUUCUCCCCUACCGCCUUCCCUGGGGUUCGGCGGUUCCUUUCCAUCGCUCCCUGUCUCGCUCCCGUCCCUCGGGCCCUCCUCCUGUUCCGUCGCGGGUUCCCCGUCCCGGUGGGCGGCGGUGUAGACCGUUGAUGUGAGGCGGCGGCGGCCCGGCUAGACUCGGCUGCGGGGCGCGGAUGGCGGCGGGGGCCGGUGCUGCGGCCGGGGGCCGCAGCUUCUCUUUCAAGGUGGUGCUGCUCGGGGAGGGCUGCGUGGGGAAAACCUCUCUGGUGCUGCGCUACUGCGAGAACAAGUUCAACGACAAGCACAUCACCACCCUGCAGGCAUCUUUUCUUACAAAGAAGCUGAAUAUUGGUGGGAAAAGAGUAAACCUUGCAAUAUGGGAUACAGCUGGUCAAGAAAGAUUUCAUGCAUUGGGGCCGAUCUACUACAGGGAUUCUAAUGGUGCCAUUCUAGUAUAUGAUAUAACAGAUGAAGACUCUUUUCAAAAGGUAAAAAAUUGGGUUAAGGAAUUAAGAAAAAUGUUGGGAAAUGAAAUCUGUUUAUGUAUAGUAGGUAACAAAAUAGACUUGGAAAAAGAGAGACACGUUUCAGUGCAAGAAGCAGAAACGUAUGCUGAAUCUGUUGGAGCAAAACAUUAUCAUACUUCAGCUAAACAGAACAAAGGAAUUGAAGAACUGUUCCUUGACCUUUGUAAAAGAAUGAUAGAAACUGCUCAAGUGGAUGAAAGAGCAAGAGGCAAUGGCUCCAGCCAGUCAGGAAUAGCAAGGCGAGGUGUACAGAUCAUUGAUGAUGAGCCACAAGUACAGAGCACUGGAGGGUGCUGUUCUUCUGGAUAAUUAUAAAACUGUGCUUCACUGCCCUCUCAAUAUGAAGACUGCCAUAUUCCAAGUCACGUGUUCUUUACCAAUGGAGUAAUAGAAUUAACAGUAUUUAAAAGUAAUCACAUGUAACACUGCAGAGACCUUAAGUGCUAAACUAGUGGCAUCUGUGACCAGAGAAUUGGCAUUUUCUACAGUGGUUAACAAAGCAAUUACCAAUGGCCUUUUUACAUAUUUUUCGUUAAUGAGGAAUAAUAUGCAUGUAGAAAAGACCUACUUAAAGGCUUCAUUUAUAUUCUUUUAAAUCAGAUCAUUAUUUAAUAACUUAUAUACAUUGUUGUUGGAAUGGUAUACGUUUUGCAGCUCUUUGUAUUUUGUGGUAGAUUGAACUGUAUCACUUCUAAAAUGCAAACUGAUUUUUUUUAAAUUAGCAGAUAUCUGAAGUAAUAUUUUUGCAGGGCCUCCACAAGCCUAUAACUGUCAACUACUUUGAUAUAUUCUGUUCAUUCUGUAUGCCAAGCUGGUAAAAUACAUUGUAAAUUACAUAUUAAAUAUUUUAUCUGCUUUUACAAUUGCAGGUGCGGAAAUAUGUACAUCAGUCUUGUCAGUAGUUGUGAAGUGAAUAAGUCAGUGAAAGAUGCAAGCUUUUCAUGUGUAUUGUUGAAUUGUUCAUUCUAUCCCCAUACCUGAAAAAAACAGCUUUUUUUUUUUUUCUUGGUACAUUCAUAGCUACAGUAUUUUUUUUUUUAAGCCUUUUCUGGCAAGCAGCAGUAUUUAGAGUAUCACCUUAGUGGGAAGAGAAUGCUUCCAUAGACUGCUGUUUAUCAUUGAGGUGUUUAACUCCCAGCUAAAACACUUGGUGCAUGCAUAUAUCUUGCCUCUGCAGUUACUUUGGCCUCUCAGAAUAUCACCCAAAGUCAAAGCAGCUGUAGCCCUCAUCAUCUGGUAGCCAGUAAACCAGGUGCAUGGGAAACACUUAAGCUUCACUAAUGCAUUUGUCUCCAACACAGCAUUAUAAAUUAUUAAUGAGCAUAUUUCCCCCACACACCCUGUAUUGCAGGACUUGAGUGAACUAAAGAAUUGGCAUUAACUAGGACUGCUUCUGAUUUGGAGUGAUUAAAUGGAAGAUAUGAAACUUGCAAGAUGUAACUCUGGGCAUACUAGAUGGAACUGAACUUACUUCUGACUUGCUGUUUCUCUUGUAAAGUGUCUUGAAGCCCACUUAAGUUUUGGGUGGAGGGUUUUCAGAAAAGGUGUACAAAGUACUUUCACAAGGGACACAGAUAGUAGUAGCUGGAACUUCAAAAUGUUUUGUGUUCUUGACUUUUUUACUUAAGUUGUCAUGCUUGGAAAAACAGUAAAGGUGAUGUCUGUGACAAAGUAGAAUAUUCCUUGGCCUUCCUUUCUCUGAAGGGUAGAAUUAGUAUUGCAUAUGAAUGCAUUGAAUGUUGUGGGUAUGUUCUGAUGCACAAAAGGGGUAGUAGUAACUCAUCAGUUUGUGUAAGAGAAGUGUGCUGUCUUCAACCCGAUUUUUUUUUUAAAUUAUUUUCUCUGAAAUAAUAGAUGGCUUUGAUACAGA